AUGUCUAUCAAAGGAGCAGAGCAGAAUUCAAGUCUAGAUCUCUUUAGAAUACCACCUACAGAUCUUUGUACGGUAAAGUACCGAUAUGUCAAAAUACCACCUCAGACAUCUAGUAUUACUCCUAUCCAAGUGUACGUGGAACGACAAUCAGAUCUCAUCGAUCUUUCGAGAAGUUUUGUCCAACUGGAUUUGGGUUUCAAAACCACAGAAAAUGCCAAUCUCACAGCACGCGCAAACAAUGUGGGUGUGAUGACUUCACCAGCCAACAAUAUUGCACACACCCUCUUCAAGCAAAUCAAUUUCAGAGCCAAUGGUACCUUACUCACCGAACAAGUAGACGUGUACCAUCUUAAAGCUUUCAUACAGACGAUCCUUAAUUAUGACAGGAAUGAUGGAGAGACGAUACUCGAACCAGCUGGAUGGCGGAACGAAAUUGAUUCUCCUGUAACCUACACCGUUGCAAAUGUCAAGAUGGAUGAUGCCGCGUAUACAGCUCUUUCCAUAAAUCAUCAAGAAAGCAUCAAGAGACAGAGAGCAGAUGCAACAGAUUACUAUGCAGGAGGAAAGAGGAGAAUCUUGAGAAUGAAACCGUUUAUAGACGCGUUUCACCAAGGAAAAUGGAUCGUCCCCAAAACUCUUUUGGAAUUGGAAUUUUAUCUGAAUCCAGCAGCUUUUUUCAUGAAUGGAGAAGCCAAUCCACCCAGUGAGGAAGUCCGAGUCAACCCAGAGGAUAUUAAACUUACCUUCUUUCUAUGUCUGGUGUCCCUAAACCCAGCCGUCUACAUGAGCAUGAUGAGUAUGAUGACCAAAACCCCAACCAAGUAUCCCAUGAUCCGUACCGAGAUGAGACAGUUUCUCUCAGACAAUGGGGCCACUUCUAAAGAAAUCAACAACCCAUUCAAUGGAAAGGUGCCCCAAAGAGACAUCAUUGGUAUUCUGAAAACUACUGCAUUCAAUGGUCAAUAG